CUACAGCACCGAGCAGGCUGCCUGUCUGCUGGACCAGCCACGCCAUCCUUUUUACCCUGACGGGGGCUUCGCGGACGUCUGGGCUCGCUUCUGCGGGGUUCAGGUAGUGUCGAAGCUGACUGUCUGCGCACCGAGGAGCCGGGUGGAGGAGAGGAGCUCGUCCGUGCAGUUGAGAGCGUUUGCAGGAAGCAUCUUCCUGCGUCAAGAUUCCGCACAGACGAGAAAGGUGAAGCAGCAGGAUUUCAUACAGAAGAGUGCACACAGGAGCUCCGAAUAAGAAGCCAAAUUCUGCACUGCAGUGGAUUUCCUCAGAACCUGCAGAACCUUUGGGGCAUCAUCUGGAGGUCGCCACGUCCUAGAAAACUGUGCCACCCUUCGGUUUCCAGACCAUCCAGCCGCCUCCCCCCUUCCUCCUCCUCCUCCUCCCCCUCUCUUUCUCUUCCCCUAACAGACACAGAAAGGUGGCCGGUCAGUCGGUCUGCCCCACUCUCCGUCCGUCCGUCCGUCUAUGUGGAUCAUAAAAUCCUGCAGGCCUCAGACCGGAGAGCUGUGACUGACAUCUGGAUUGUGGACUUUUAGACAGCGCAUGGACGUUUAACCAAAAACCUGCAGAGCUGAAGCAAAGACCAGCCGACUGUUUAAUUCUUGUUUGAAUUCCACCAGGAGGACUUAUUUUUGGAUUAAGAAGGUUGGAUAUUCGGGGGGAGGUUGUAGGACUAGGUGUAGAAUUCCACCUCAGGGAUCAGAUUUUUAUCAUUUCCACUGUGUCAUCCAAGUCAGCACAACACAGCAAAUCUCAGGCGGCAUCACAGGUUUCCCAGGUUCAGGUCGAGUUCCAGUUUCACCUCAGGGAUUUUCAACUCAGACUUUCAGUUUGGUAUUUUUCAAGGCGCUGAAUUAAUUUUUACAGCAGCGAAACCUCAGGCGACAUCUGUUUUUUUUUUUUCUUCUUGGUUUUGGGACCGGCCUAUGAACUCCUGUUGCCAUGGCAUCUGAGAGUUUCCAGUACCGGGCGCUCUUUGAGUACAAGCGGGAGCGCGGAGAUGACAUCAGCCUCCAGCCGGGUGACCUGCUCACCGUCCCCAAGGCCUCGCUGAUGGCGGCGGCGGGACCGGAGUACCAGGAGGGGGACGAACGGAGCCCCAAGGGCUGGCUGCACGGCACCAACGAGAGGACCAAAGAGAAGGGAGACUUUCCAGGGACUUUUGUGGAGUACGUCGGGGUUGUGAGGGUCGGCCCUCCUGCGGCCAAGUCCUGGCCCAGGCCUGUUCCGCCGACUCCUGGGGGGCCGCAGACCGCCGUGGGGCCUCAGCCUCCUGGAGCAGCUGCUGCUUCAGGAGCGGAGGCAGAGAUUCUGUCUGAAGCGGCUCCUGUGGUGGUUUGGAGACUCAUCGACGCCAUCGAGAAACACGGUGUGAGCAGUGAGUCUCUGUACCGAGCACCUCCAGCCUCCGGUGGACCUGCAGAGCUGCGUCAGGCUCUGGACUCAGAUCUGGUCUCCUUGGAUCUGGACCAGUAUGAUGUGGUUUCUCUGACCGAUGCUCUCAGAGGGUUCCUGCAGGACGUGUCUGCUCCCAUCAUCCCCGCCACGGUCUACAGCGAGCUGGUCUACACCGCUCAAGAGAGUCAGAGUGUGGAGGAGUGCGGGGAGAGGCUGAAGAAGAUCCUGGAGUCUCCCAGCAUCCCUCAGGCCAACCACCAGCUGCUGGUCCACCUCAGCAGACACCUGGCCCGCGUCGGACAGCACGGCCAGGCCAGUCCGCGGCUGUUGGGACAGGCCUUCGCCGAGGCCGUCUUCAAGCACUCGCCGCUCAGUGCGGACGUGAACCCGGAGCAUCACAUCAGGAUCUUAGAGGCUUUGAUCGCAACAGGAGGUCUAAUGGAGAUGCAGGCUGCACCAGCUCUUCCUCCAAAGCCAGCGAAGCCCCAGCAGUCCUCCUCGGUCGGGGUGGGAGGGGUCAGCAGCAACGGCGCCAAGGACGGAGGAGCGGGAGGCUCGCUGCAGGAGGCCGAGUGGUACUGGGGCGACAUAUCCAGGGAGGAGGUGAACGAUAAGCUCAGAGACAUGCCUGAUGGGACUUUCCUGGUUCGGGACGCUUCCACAAAGAUGCAGGGCGACUACACGCUCACGCUGAGGAAAGGAGGCAACAACAAGCUGAUAAAGAUCUACCACCGAGACGGGAAGUACGGCUUCUCCGACCCCCUGACGUUCGGCUCGGUGGUGGAGCUCAUCAGCCACUACAGACACGAGUCUCUGGCUCAGUACAACACCAAACUGGAUGUCAAGCUCAUGUACCCCAUCUCCCGCUUCCAGCAGGACCAGCUGGUGAAGGAGGACAACAUCGACGCCGUGGGGAAGAAGCUGCAGGAAUACCACAAUCAGUACCAGGAGAAGAGCAAAGAGUACGACAGACUGUACGAAGAAUACACAAAGACGUCGCAGGAGAUCCAGAUGAAGCGGACGGCCAUCGAAGCCUUCAACGAGACCAUCAAGAUCUUCGAGGAGCAGUGCCACACGCAGGAGCGCUACAGCAAGGACUACAUCGAGCGUUUCCGCCGCGAAGGCAACGACAAGGAGAUCGAGCGGAUCAUGAUGAACUACGAGAAGCUCAAGUCUCGGCUCGGGGAGAUCCACGACAGCAAGGUGCGGCUGGAGCAGGACCUGAAGACGCAAGCCAUGGACAACCGCGAGACGGACAAAAAGAUGAACAGCUUGAAGCCCGACCUCAUACAGCUCCGCAAGAUCAGGGACCAGUAUCUAGUCUGGCUUAAUCACAAAGGAGUUCGUCAGAAACGAAUUAACGACUGGCUGGGAAUCAAGAACGAGAACACUGACGAAGGCUACUUCGUGAGCGAGGAGGACGAGAACUUGCCUCACUACGACGAGAAGAGCUGGUUCGUCGGAGACCUGAACAGGACGCAGGCGGAGGAGCUGCUGCUCGGGAAGCCCGACGGAGCGUUUCUCAUCCGGGAAAGCAGCAAGAAGGGCUGCUACGCCUGCUCCGUCAUUGUGGAAGGCGAGGUGAAGCACUGCGUCAUCUACAGCACGCCGCGUGGCUUCGGUUUCGCGGAGCCCUACAACCUGUACAGCAGCCUGAAGGACCUGGUGCUCCACUAUCACCAGACCUCCCUGGUGCAGCACAACGACUCGCUCAACGUGCGCCUCGCCUACCCCGUCUACGCACAGAUGCCCUCCGGACGCAGAUGAACCCCACCUGGCCACGCCCCCACCCUCCCCCUCCCUCCCUCCCUCCCCCUCACACAUAGACAACAAACCAACCUCCCCUCCCUUUUUUUUUUGGGGAGGAGGAAGAGGAGGAGGAGGAGGAGGAGGAGGAGAUCGGUUGAAAUACAAACCCAACACCAGACCCCGUAAAGAUAGAUAGAUAGAAAAAACGAAUUAAACACUUGCUGCAACACACACGUCAGCCACCUUUGAAGUUAUAUAUUUUUACAUGAACAAUUUCGGAGGGCAUUCUUUCUAAAGACUGCUUGAUUUGCACAAGGAAGUUUUAAAUGUUUGUGAAUGUGAAAAAAAAAUACAUAAAUAAAUAAAAAAUAAAACGACCGAAGGAAAGAAGGAAGGAAGGAAGGAAGGAAGGAAACGGAGUAGAGGAGACGUCAAGAGUUUCAGGUUGACCCCCCCGCUGCUACCUAAACUCCAGCUCAGACUUUUUUUUUUUUUUUUUUUACCAGAAACACCCACGAGAAUGACGACGAAGACGACAACAUUCCCAUUUUAAAACUUUUUUUUUGUUUUCCCACCUCAGAUGAUUAUAUUACAACCUUUUCUUUUUUUUUUUGGUUUGUUUCCUGAAGUCGUUUUCAUGUUGCAGAUGUUUCCUUUUUUCUUUUACUCCUAAACUUGUUGUUUGUGGUAAAUGCAAGAGGAGAUGAUGAUGAUGAUGAUGAUGAUGAUGAUGAUGUCAAGUGUCUGUUCUGUCCCUCUCCGUACGAAAAGCAAAAAUAAUGUAGCAUAACGAGACAACGGACACUUAUAACUCUGUUGAAGUGUUCCUCCAUGUAGACUGCUGCUGAGGGGUUUUAA